UUUUUUCACCGGUCUUCGGAUAUCUUUUAUUAUUAUUAUUGGUUUAAGAUAUCUAACCGCUCAUACCGAACGGUGUUUCUGGAUAUCUAAUAAGACUUCAUCCGAGCAUUUUUCAACAAAAUCAUAGACUUAGAACCAAAUUAUUCUCUUUCGCAAAAUGAACCAAAGCAUUAUUGUUAAACUAUUCAAAUUUUCUUUUGUUGGUAAAACCCUUGACCUUCUGAAAAUUUAGUGGAAAAAUUCUAAUGAGCGAUUGUUGCAACCAUAACCUUUUUUUUGCAAAAUGAAACCAUAAUCUAUUGAUAUUUGUAUGUUGCAGUUGCCAAGAGGACGGCAAGAGGUGGGGACAAAUGGACGGAGGCCAGUCGCCGCGGCCUCAGCAGCACCACCGCAUGCCGGAGCGGGAGGGGAACAACAACUACGACGUUGAGGGCAUGGACGGUGCAGCAGAAGGGGAUUGGUGGCAGAACAGUUCUUCUAACGCGCUGCUUCGGUACGACGACCGCGGGAGUGCAUGCGAGCCGCUCAUGCGGAAGCGCACCAUCAACACCACCUCCCAGAUCGCCAUUGUUGGUGCCAACAUUUGCCCCAUCGAGAGCCUCGACUAUGAGUAUGCAUUCCCGUGCCCUGCAAUCCUUCUGUUUUCUUUUUUUGGUGUUGUUGGCAUGUCAACCAGAGUCAACCAGACUUUGGUUCUUAGAUGUACACAUCUUCAUAUCUUGGAAUUUUAA